CAUCUGAAAAGUAUUUGACAGUAUUAUAUAAGGAAGAGAUGACCGUGCUGAUAAGAGGAGAACGCCGUGAGAGCUAAAAUGAUCCAAACAUAUAGAGAACAAAUACAUCCGGAUCGUUAUGUGGAUGCCAUUCAAACUAUUCCUUCUCUCAUUCGGUGUGUCGAUCCCCCGCACUCUCGCCGUGUUCAAAAUAUUAGUGUAUGUGUGACGCUGAGCAGAGCAAAGCAAAUUGAAAAAGAAAAUAUUUUUAAAUUGAUUUUAAAGGCAGACAUGAUCGGGAGGCAGUGAAAAACGCGCACAACAGCGGGUCGUGUGAAACCCGGCGGUAUUACCCAAUAUAAUGAAAUCACUGUAACAAUUUUACCGAGUAGGCGAGUCCAAUCUGUGUCACAACGGAAAACCCGAAAGAAAAAAAACAUUAAAGAUCAACCAAGAAAUUCUAUAGAUCCAUUAAUUCAUGAAACCAAGUGUACCGUAUCCCGUCUCAGGAGUUAAUCGUGUGUAGAGAGGCAUGGACUUCCUCGCAAGUAUCAUCAAAAGGCCAAAAAGCAUCGCUACCACUGGCAUCACCACCAACCAACCAAUGACAAUGGAAGCCUUAAAAGCUGAUGGUCCCGCUGAUAAUUACUCUACACCAAGGGAUAAAGAAGGACUUUCACUUGUAUCCCAGGACCUGGACACGUUAGUACAGUCCGCCUCUGAGAGUCCGCAACUGAAGGAACCGCACUGUAAUCUAAUUAAGGAACCUAUCUCGAACCCACUCCCAGCCCCCGAGGACAUCAGUUGUAGUAGAGAAACAAUACAGACAUUUUUAAGCGAAAUAAACUUCAAUCUGAACCAAGUUAGUGAUAACGAAAUGGAGCACUUGCAAGCCAUGAGCGGCGAGCUGAGUCCACUGGCGGUGAAGCCCAGUCCCAAGCCGACGAGCAUGGAGCAACAGAAGGCAAUGGCUGCAGCUCUGGGACAUCAGGCGGCAGUAGCCGGUAGCCUUCAGCUAGACGCAGUUAAGGUUCCAAAAUUUGGAGGUCUUCCCGAGUUCGAUGAAAUGCAAAUACCGGAACUGGCUCCUUUAAGUACCGAUAUAGACACUCAAUUGAAAUGCAACCAUUCGGAUUCUGAUGUUUUUGUCGAGUGUUUAUCGCUUCAUAGCGAGCGCUAUACAGGAGAUCGAUCGGAGCUAGAGGCCUAUUCAAGUGCCCUUAAUGAUGUUUUGGAGCAGCAGCUGUCUAUGACCUCAGCUUCUACACUGGAAGCUGAUUUUAAAGAUCCUUUGGCGGUUAGCCAGCACAACAACGUCAGCUAUGAAGCCAUGGAUGUGGAUGACAUAAACGAAACUAUGGAAAUGUUAAAGGACGUUUUGGACCCGGAAGACCAUCAGCUUAUGCAAACGCAUAUUCUCAGCGUAUCGCAGCCUAAAACGGAGACUAUUUCGGUGCAGUAUAAUCAAAAUCAGGAGCAAAAGAGAAUAGAACAAGACCAGUUAGCUAAAUACCCGGAAUCGAAUAGUGAUGCAACGAAGCCAUCAUUAUUAGAAUCAGUAUUCCCUGAUCAGCCUGUUACACCAUUACUUGAACCGAAUCUUAACUUAACUGCCUUAGACUACACGAAAGAGCUAGCUAAGCAUCGUGAUGAAAACCAAAAGGAUACAAAAGAUGAACCUCAGAAAGAGGACCACCAACCGAUUUGUAGUGCGCAGAUGGAGAACGCAAAUUCUGAGGAGCCCUUAAAUCUCAAUGAGGCUACAGAACCCUCCACAUAUCCAGCAAAAACUCCAAAAUGUCUUAAUCAAGAUAUGCCAUUUGCAGUGGCAGUAGAAUCAAUGGAAAAAACAUUCACUCCCAUCAGCCAUGAGCAAAAUGCGUCCCCAGCUAUGGAGGCAACUGAAGACAGGACUGUGACGGAGCUUGAGCACAUGGAAGUGGAUGACUUUAUGAGAGUGAGUGAGGCUAUAGUGCUUACCUCAUCUCGGCAGGAGCAGGUUAAUGCUCAUUCACCCGUUUCAAGAAAAUCUUGUUUAAACCUCUGCGGGAAAAAUGAUAUGGACUUUCAAGAUAAUAAAAUGGAUCAUAAAACUGCAGGCCUGGAAAGUCAAUUGAAGAUGACUGAAAUAGAGCUACCAGCAGCACAGAUAUCGACGCCCAUACCGACACUUCAAACCAGAAGCAAGGAACUGCCCUUUUCUCCGCCCAUACCUACACAUCGCCCAAAGGCAGCGGAAGAACUAGAGUUCCGGACUCUGAGGGAGUUGCCCUUGCCUGAUGAUGUUCCGUCGGGAGGGAAGGUGGGAGUAAAGCAGAUUUCACACGGCCGCGCGCCCUUUGUGGCAGUCACACCAACGCAGCUGCGAUCCACGACACAUAAUUCUUUGGAUCUAGAUGGAAAAACAACCUCUGCAAUCUCUCCAGAACCCACUUCGCCUAGUUUCCCUAUCAGAGGACCCGCUGAAACACAAUCCCAUUUUCCACGCUCACCCCGUGCUCCGCUCGAGCAAAAAGACAUGCCCUAUUUGGAAGAAGCUGUGGUAGAACCUUCUUCAGAUCGCAACCAAAGCGUCUUCGGAGCUGGUGUCAUCGAAAAGUCCGCAAUUGUCUUUCAGUUGACACAACCGAGUCCACAGAAGCAGAACCUCAACGAAACCUUACCCAUGAGUGAGAUGUCUCCCACUUCCUCAAAUAUGGCAUUUGACAGCGAAAACAUUUCGGAGAACAAGCCACAAAACGAUACAGACACAUUCGCCGUAAGUGUGGGAUCGGUCGAUAAUAAACAGCGCCGUACUUUCUCGGUGAUUCAGUCUCCGACGGAAGAGGAGGAGUCCAAAUCGCGUAGGAUUUUCUGCAUGGAAAAGGAGAACCCACGCCACACCUUCUGCAUUCAGCAUAAGGCUUCUCCAGCAGUGGGGGCCACCGAAGAUACCGGGGCUGAUGACGUUAUGGAUGUAGAUGUCUCCAUGAGGGCAUAUGAUGUAGCCGUAUUGAAGUCGCCUCAGCAAACUUGGAAGGAACCUCAAGCACCAAUUUCAAAUUCACCGCCUAUUCCUUCCCACCAACAUUUAAAGAGACCCCCUAUCCAUGAGACGAAUUCCCCGGUGUCACCCUUGCGUAAUGGUACCGUUGCGUUGGAGGAGCAGGCUCUUUCCGCCAAAGAGCAAGCCACGCUAAGCGCCAGUGAUGAGAAGGACGAUGUUUUCUUAGAACACUUUGGCGCCAUUUCGCCAGUUUCGGAUGACAUGUUCAAGACCAUAAGUGGUUCCAACAAUCAAGAAAAGAUUAGGGUCAAUGCUAAUAGGGAAAUCGAAGGAAAACCCGCUCCUGCGUUGAGCAAACAGAGGGGUGGUGCACCUGGCGAGCUGGAGGCGAUCAUUGAUGCCGAAUUCCACGACGGCGCCAGCAACCAAAACCUAAUACUGAAAUCAUCAGAUUUUGAUUAUUUGUACACGAAAGGCAGCAAUAAUGCGCCUAUCGACCGCAGUUCGCUGCUGCUGAAGUUUGAUCCCCUCCUUGGAGCCCCUGUUCCCGUUAAUCAUCCGAAUCAGCAGGAGCAGGCGCUGCAGAAUAUUCUUGGUUCGAACCAGUAUCAAAACCGUGUUCUGAGCCCAACAUUGGAGGAGCACGAAACAAGUGACGGGAACCAGUCUUUUGGAUUAAUAUCGAGUUGCAAAGAUAUAUCAGUGAAAUGGGAUUGUAAGCCACCUGUGGAUACGUCAAAAAAGCAUGUUAAAAUGAGUGUAGACGUCAUUGAUAACGAUUGCAACAAAACCUUCGAUAAUUUCAACGCUAAUACGGAGGACAAAACGCACAACUACAACAACAUGGAUGAACUGGAGAAGAAAAUCAAAAAUGAAGUAACGAGGUCCGAAGACAUUGAAAAGAAGCUCAAAGAGGGAGAGCAGCGCGAGGAAGCACUGAUCAAGCGUAUUACAGAAAAGGACAAAACAAAUGCAAAACUAAACGGUGUCAUCGAGGCAUAUGAGAAGGCAAUUGCGGAGCUCAUUAGUGAGAAGGAGCAGCAGGCGCAGCUCCACGAGCGGCAGUUGCAAGAAGUCCAGGCUGACCGGGACGCCAAUUACCAUCACUUAACGUCACUGGAGACGACAUUUUCCGAUCUGCAUGUAAAAUAUGAAAAAAGCAAAGAGAUGACCUCGCAGCUUAAAAGCAACGAAGAAUCGCUUCUGGCGGAGCGGAAGCAGAUGAUGGACAAUCUGCGGUUGCAGGAACAGCGCUACGACAAGAUGAAAAACCAUGCCAUGCAGCAGCUGGAAAUUGCAAACAAAAAGCUGGACACCUACGCGAGGGAGCAUGCCGACGAAACGAAAAAACUUAAAGCUUUACUUAAGAAGGAGGAGAUUUCUCGGGUUUCGAUGACGGAGCAGCUGCAACAAAAAUCACGCGAAAACGCCGAUCUGCUCAAGAUCUGCGAAGAGCUUAUCUAUGGCAAGGGACAAGGUGGUAGUAGUUAAACCCAACUCGCGGAUUGCCCGGAAUGUAAUUUAUAUGUGGUAAAAUCGAACGCACCCUCAUCACAACACUCAUUUGGCUCCCCUUGGCUUUCUCGCUAGCAGCAUGUCCGUAAAUCAGUUACUGCACCACAAUCGUCGUCAUCUCCACUAGGUUGCGUAGUCUUCACUGAUUUAGAAAAUGCAUAUGCACAAUUGUAUAAUUUGCCAACUCUAUUUAUGUUGAAUUUCAAGAUUUACACCUAACGUUUCGUCGCAUAUUAUAUGUUUUCUAGAUUUUUAGUUGACCCGAAAACACUCACACAAAUCGCAGGCAAUUGUUCCAUUUGAGUUCCGCUCGUCUUACGGGUCUAGUUGCCCGGCAUAUGUUGCUAUUUCUGUAUCGUAUCGAACCUGCCUCCUGAUUUACGUUCUAUGAUAUUACUUGGCGGUGAACUGUGCCGGAAAACUGGUGUUUAGCAAUUGGGCAGAGAAGCAGAAUGCUAGUGUGCAGCGGCAGCUAAAUAAACAGGCAAAUGAAAAUUGUAAGGAACUGCGUUCGCUUGAGGCGCGCUUUUAUAAUAUGUUUAAAAGUACACUUAGUUUAUUAAAUGAAAAAUUUGUAAUAGUUGUACUAAAAAUAUCUCCGUAAUACAUACUAGUACUAAAACAAGAAAGCGUAAAAAACUUAAAGAGAACAUUUUAAAUAUACGAAAAAAUUUAUUUAUGCAUAAUACAACACAUUGGUUUGCUUUGUUCAACAUGAAAUUCUUAGUUUGACGAAGAAGUUGCCUUACAAAAAAACAGGUAGUGAGACCGAACCGAUAUGACCCCACAUUUUAUAAGUUGAGCUCCUUUAGAUGUUUCAAGCAAAUCUCUUCUUCUAAAGUUUACAUUCUAUGAAAGUUUGUAAUCUACACAACGGUAAAAAAAAUUUCACAAUGUUUAAUUUAUCAACAAUAUUGGAAAAGACAAAAAUCGAUUUAAACAUCGAUAGUAAGAACACAACCCAUCACAACGCCAGUGAACUCGUACAGAAGUUUUAAUAAAUUGAACUUCCAAGUAAGAAAAUUAUUGUAAUCUAAGAAAAAACAUUAACUUGUUUAUCACCAAGUGGAAAGUGAAAAAAAACGAACUAGAAUUGUAUACAAAUUUGUACCCAGUCCAUGUAAUCUGAUAAACGCUACUUCAUAUUAACAUCAUACAUAUAUUUUUCUAAAGUAGGAACCACGGAUGAAACACUUGUGCUUUUAGGGAAAGUUUUCGAGAACAGAACCGGAAUAACUGUUGUAGUUUGACAUUUGAAAAAGAAUGAGUUAUAUAUUAAUGCGCUGUAAAAACACAAAUACUCGUAGUAUUACAACAUGCCAGCACAUAUGAACCUCCGAUGUGCUAAGCAAGCAUGUGAUGUACGUAGAGGUGAUUGAUUGAGAUGCAUUCAGUGAAUAAAAUAUUUAAUUGCAUUAAAACCGAA